GACUUUUUGGUGCUUUUCGAGUCCAGAAUUUGCUGGAUUUCAUCAAUUUAUUACUGAAGUUCUUUAUUAUCUUUAGUUUAGUUUCUUCUAAAAAUGCCACGAAGAGCAAGAGCUUCAUGAACAUAAUGAUUUGAUUAAUACUUUUCGGACAGCACUUGAUCAGAUGCCGUCUGAUGAUCAUAAAAUCGUGAUUCGUGCUGAUAGAAGACCAAUCGGAGAACACGAACGAAGAUUUAAUGCACCUAUAAAUAAUGAAGUUGUUGUGGUGAUUGUCGGCGAUGAGUUUCAAUCACGUGACAUUGUAUUGCGUAGAAGAAAUAAUCAAUUACAACGUUUAUGUGAAACACAUCGCUCUUACGAUGCCCUACAGUACCCAAUUUUGUUUUGUCGGGGUGAAGAUGGAUACUCUAUUAAUUUAAAAAUGGUAGAUCCCGCAAACCCACAACGUGAAGUCAAUAAAAAUGUCAGCGCUAUGAACUAUUAUGCACAUAGGAUUAUGAUACGACAAAAUCAGGAAAAUCAUAUUUUGAAAUGUCGGAGACUCUUUCAUCAAUAUGUCGUAGACAUGUAUGCAAAGAUAGAAACAGAGCGUUUGAACUUUAUUCGAUUCAAUCAACGGAAGUUGCGAUCAGAAGAGUAUAUACAUCUACAUAAUGAUGGAAAUGUUGACAAUGUUGGACAAGUUGUUAUUUUACCAGCAAGCACAGGCAGUCCAAGGCAUAUGCAUGAAUAUGCACAAGAUGCCAUUUGCUAUGUUCGUUUGUAUGGUCAACCAGAUUUGUUUAUUACAUUUACAUGUAAUCCACAAUGGGACGAAAUCAAGCAAUAUUUAUAUGAAGGGCAAUCUUCUACAGACCGUCACGACAUAACUGCACGAGUAUUUAGACAGAAGCUGAAGUCAUUGAUGGACUUUAUUAUUAAAAAUUAG